AUGAAUAGAAUAUUUGGGUACGGUAAUAAGAAGAGUCAGGAUCAGCUUUUGCAAGAAUCUGGUAAGGCGAUGGACCAAGCUCAACAAGGUUUACAAAACAGGAUAUCGCAGUUAGAUACGCAGAUAUCUCAGAUCAAUUUCCAGUUACAAGGUUUACAGAAACGUAUUAGCAAUUCCAAGUCGUCAGCUGGACAGAAACCUUUGAGACAACAGGCUUUGAAGUUGUUGAAUAAGAGAAAGCAGUUGGAACAAAUGAGAGAUUCGAUGGAUUCGCAGUCUUGGUCGAUGACACAAGCACAGAUGACAAGCGAUAAUUUGAAAAACACAAUGGUGACAGUGAAUGCUUUGAAACAAACAAAUAAAGCUCUAAAAUCACAAUAUGGGAAGAUUGACAUCGAUAAACUGCAAGAUAUGCAGGACGAAAUGAUUGAUUUGAUCGAACAAGGUAAUGAACUUCAAGAUGUCCUAGCAAUGAAUGGUACUGAAGGUAUUGAGGACAUUGAUGAAUUUGAACUCGAUGCAGAACUAGAUGCUCUUGCAGAAGAAGAUUUAACUAGUUUAAUGGCAAUGAAUGAAAACCCAGCUGCCGGUAUAGAUAUGCCGUCGUACCUAUCAGGAUCAAUUCCGGAAUUCAUCGAUGAAGAACCACAGACAACAGCACUUGGUAAAGAAUUGGAAAGUGCGCAAUGA